CAAUGGUAGUGGUGGAUUCUUGAUGAUUCCAUGGGCGACUCAGCAGUGCCAAUGUUUGUUCAACAUACAGAAGCAAUGUUGGACGUAAUUCACAGAACGGAGAAGUUGGAAAUUAAAGAUGUAGAUGAAGAGCCGGUCAUUGAUAUUGACAGCCUUGAUAAGAAGGAUCCACUUCGUGUUGUGGAGUACAUCGAUGACUUGUAUACAUACUGCAGGGCAGCCGAGGUUUCUGUUUGUGUUCCACCAAAUUACAUGGCCCAGCAAACACAUAUUAGCGAGAGGAUGAGAAGGUUUCUCAUUGACUGGCUAAUAAUUGAGUUUAUGAAGGAACUAACAAAGCAGAACAUAAUGAUUGCUUUAAAGGUACACUACAAAUUUAAGCUGAUGGAAGAGAUACUGUACCUAACAGUCAACCUCGUCGAUAGAUUCUUAGCCGUUCAGGAGAAGAAGAAGCUCCAGCUAGUUGGAGUGACAGCCAUGUUUAUAGCCUGCAAGUACAAAGAGGUUUGUUUUCUUGUUAUGGACGAUUUUAUUCAGAUAUCUGAGAAGGCCUUCAGAGCAAAAGAAAUUCUAAACAUGGUUGGUUUUCUUUCUACUUCAACUAUGAUGUCUUGGUACGAGGAUGAUGUGAUGUCUGUUGGAGAUUCAUUGUCUGUCAAAUGGUUUUUGCAGGAGAAGUUGAUGUUUAACACCUUACAGUUCAAGCUGUCUGUUCCAACACUUUAUGUCUUCAUGAGGAGGUUUCUCAAGGCUAUUCAAUCUCACAGAGAGGUAAGAAGCAGCAUAACCAGUGAAUGACACACCGGGUAUUCACAGGAACAGCUUCUGUAAGCAUAGACGCACCGGGUCAAGAAUCAUUGAGUCAAUUUGGCUGCUGCUGCAGUGUUUUUUUGGGGUUCUGGGGAAAAUGGUUAUGGUUAUAGUCACACCACCUGGUGUAUAGCUUUGAUACCAGCCAAAACAUAACAUUAUAGAUAUUGUCUUAUUUGUCUUGUUUUGUAUUGUCGUCAGUUUGACAGUUUGGC